AUGGAGCUAAACUUCCAAAACAAUUAUGGGUUUUCUUCAUCUUCUUCGUCUUCAUCUUCACCGUCGUUGGCCAAGAAAGGCAGAUUUCGUAAGACAAAUGGUCGGAAUUCCAAUAGAAGCAAGUUUGUUGGCGUUAGACAACGUCCGUCCGGUAAAUGGGUGGCCGAAAUCAAGAACACGACUCAGAAAAUCCGGAUGUGGCUCGGGACGUUCGACACGGCAGAGGAAGCGGCCAGGGCCUACGACGAGGCCGCUUACUUGCUCCGUGGCGCCAACGCCCGGACCAAUUUCAUCCAUCACGUACCCAUCAACUCUGCUCUCUCUCUCAAAAUCAGAAACUUGCUCAACCACAAGAAAUACCUCAGACAAAACUCCAUCGCUCAAAAUACCACCAUCAAAACCCAAACAACUUCUCCUGAACCCCACGGACGUCCGCCACUCACUUGUACCGUACAAGUCAACAAUGGCAAGAACGAAACUUUUUCAUCUGGGUAUCAAGGAAUCGAGGUGUUUAACGAUGGGUAUAAGCCAGAUUUGAGUAAUUGCAUUGGGGGAGUGGAGAUUGGAGGUAGUUCUUGCUAUGAACUUGAGUCUGAUCCGCCAUUGUUGAACAUUGGGGGUGGAUUUGAAGGGUUUGACUUAGGGUCGAUCUCCAAAAAGGGUGAAGAUGAUUUUGAGAGGAUGAAGGUGGAAAGACAGAUAUCAGCAUCGCUGUACGCCAUGAAUGGGGUGAAUGAAUACUGGGAGAAUGUUCUUCAUGAUUGCAGUGAUGGUGGUGGUUCAUAUUGGGAUCUUCCAAUGUUGUCUCAGAUGUUCUGCCCAAUUACUUAGAUUUUAGACCAAUAAUUUCCCUUUUUUUUUAUUGAUUUGAUUUGAUCUAAAUAGGUGUAUUACUACUUGGAAGAAUUAAU